GCGAACUUCAACUCAGAGAGGAAGCAAGCAGCCCACUUCCCAUCGUCAUGGUAACAGCAUGUGAAUGUGUUGAGCCACACUGUAGAGACGGGCAGCGAUAAAACAGCAUCACAGGGCACGGCUCCGCAUCCAGAACCCACCGAAGGUUGUGUCAUUUCGAGAACAUUAGCCGGAGCCGAUGGGAUUCAUGACGCGUUAAAAUCCAAGAUGGAAAACACAGCCUUGGCUUUUUCUGCCCAGGGCUGGUGUGGCCCCAAUGUUUCUACCUUUUCGUCGGAGUGGGAUGAUAAAAUGAACUCCUUUCUGAAGGCACCCGAUGUCAUCAAACCCCCUCCGCAGUUCCAGGAUCCAGAGGAGCCUGGUCCGCCGUCACCCACCAACACCGCUGUUGUGAAAAGACGAGAAAAGGAUGGUGUGAAAAAAGAGCGUAGGAGUAGACCAGCGAGUAACAUUGAACUCCACAGACGCUCCUUGUCACUUUCCACCGCUGUCAACUCCAACCCAGGAGUGGUCCGACGUCGAUGUGAAAGCUACGCUCUUUCCUAUCCCAGCAGCAGCUCGGAGGACAGUGGCAGCGACAGCACCUCGGCCAGGAGGAGUGAUCUGCUUCCAGAUGCAGUCCCAAGAUCCAGAUCCAGGAGCAUUAUCCUUAGGAAGGCCAAAAGCAAACCUGCUCCUCCUGUGCGCACAGUCUCACUGCAAAGGCUCGCAGCGGCAAAGCAUUCAGAACAUAAAGUGCAGGGCCUUAAGAAAGAUACCACAAAACUGCCAGAUCUCAUUCCAACCUCCAAGCUAGAAACCAGCAAGAGCACUCCUGAAGCACCUGGUAAGGUCGCAUUGAUGGCAACGGUUUCUUCUCACAAAGCACUUAAUGAGCUUCGAUCCAGCGAACCAACUCCCAUGCCAAUACACGAAUGUGGUAAUUCUGAAAUAAACACAUCCCCGUCCUCUUCGCACUCUUCCACAUCUCAGCCGUCCAUCUGUUCUCCUUCAAAGCGCAUCGGCUCAAACUCUCCAUCCAGCGGCUACGCGAGCCAGUGUGAAACUCCAACCCAAUCAGCCCUUUCCCAAUCGGUCAGCAUGGGACCUUCGCCAUUAGCCUGCAGGAUGCGGCAUAAGCCAACCGGUGUUAUUCCAGGCCAAAGGGCAAGAAACCGCAAUGCAAGGCUGUCUCUUCAGCUUCCAGAAUUUCAGAAGCACACUCCCGAUCCAGAGCCUUCCGCAGUGCAGCCGAAAGUGAGUCUAAGGCGCAACUCGGACAGCACCGAAGCCACUAGGCCCAAGCAAAGGAUGAGUAGCAGCCUGCUGGUAAUGCCGAUGGUUACUCAAGAGGAGCUGAACAACGUGCAGCUACGCUCCGUCAGCAGUUCUGAUCUGGAGAAUGCUCAGGAAAUCACGGACAACAUUAUCGAGGAGGAGACGGAGAGAUGCGGAAAAUCCUUCAGCCCUAAGAGCAGUCAAAAACCCAAACCUCCAGUGGCUCCGAAGCCGCAGAGAAACAAGUGGCCGCCCAACGCACAACGUUUUGGAGCUACUUCUGAUGCAGAACCACCUACAGUCAGUGAGAGAUCAGAAGACAUCUACGCAAUGAUUAACAAAGUAAAACCUACAGUGAGCGUUAAACCACACAGCAUUGAACACGCACCUCAUCUGCGGCAGCAGAUUAUUCUGGAUGCUCGUUCUCCACAGAUGAGAGACCCCCGUCAGCCACAACCCCCAUGCACUUUAGAGUCAAAGAAUCCAAAAGUUCCCCCAUUAAACACAGCCAGCCGUAUUAGCCAACUUCACAAGAAGAGAAGAGCUCCUACACCACCUCUGGCAAAGACUCCAGAUGUGGACGGCACACUUUAUCCUAACACAGCCGAUGCCCAGUCUCCAACUAAUCUCUGCAAGUCUCCAAAAUCUCCGACCUCUGCAAGUCAGUUUCAUGUAACUCUGUAUGGCGUGAUUCCAUCGUACCCUUUGGUCACUGAGCCACAGCACUCGAGGACACCAGAUCAUCCGUCAUACGAUGUAGAGAAGAGGGAUCGAAUGCCUGACCUCGGACCGCUACAAUUAGUAGGAGAAGGAGACGAUGUAUUUCUUUACAAGUCCAAAUCUCAAACCACGGAGGAUCUGUUCACCAUCAUUCACAGGUCUAAAAGAAAGCUCCUGGGUCGCAAAGACUCCUUUGACAAUAAGCAAGGAGACUCUGGGACUCAGACUCUCGGCAGCGGAGCUUCACGGAUCAGCUCUCAGAACGACAACUUCAUGGCUUUCCUGAGGAGGACACGAAGCGCCAAAGCAGGCUGCGGAGAGCGGAUCUCAGCCACGGAGCUGCUCAGAAGCUCCAAGCCCGCGGCUAACAUUGCAGCAAACAUCAGCCAUUGCAAAAAUAGCUACGUACAGUCACAUGGUCCAUAAAAUAUCAUCGGUUUUUACUAAUCUGGCUCGUCAAACACUUCUAAAGCAAUGGACCCUUUUCACAAGACUGUUAUGACGUGUUUUUUUUUAAAUAUGUGAACAUUUAUAUGUAUUUACCUAUGUAUUAUAUCAUCUUUGCAUCAAAUUACAAAAAAAUUACCACAGUGUGUAUGGGGGCGGGACAGUCAAUUUGGCAUUAUUCUCUCUUCUGGCUGCCGUUAUCAGUCUCGCACUAUUUUUUUCUUUUUCUGAAAGUCUUGAUAACACCAUCGUGGAGUUUUUCAUUCAUUAUUUCAGCAAAUGCGAUUGUAAAAAAAUGAUGUGCUGUACUUUCCCAUUCACUGCGCUCUAACUACUGAGAAACCCGGAAAUGUGAAAAGGGUCCAUACUAAAGUGACAGUUCACCCAGAAAUGUAAAUUAUGUCAUCGUUUGCUCAUUUUUCAUUUGUUCCAAACCUGUUUCGUUGAGUAGGGUCUGUCUGCGUACUGCAAGAAAGUGUUACUGCAACUAUGUUGUCGACAAGAUGGCGCUGUACCCAUCACAGUUAUUAAUGUCUACACCUACUCCACACCUAAACCCAACCAUCAGUUAUUAACGUUUACACCUAUUCCAACCCUAAACCCAACCAUCACAGUUAUUAACGUCUAGACCUUUCCCAAACCUAAACUCAACCAUAAUUAUUAACAUCUACACCUUUCCCAACCCUUAUCCCCACCAUCACAGUUUUUAACAUCUAUACCUACCACAACCCUAAACCCAACCAUCAUCGUUAUUAACUUCUACACCUAUCCCAACCCUAAACUCAACCAUCAGUUAUUAACAUCUACACCUUCCCCAAACUGAAAUCCAAUCAUCCAAUCAUCACAGUUAUUAACAUCUACACCUUCCCAACCCUUAACCCAACCAUCACAGUUAUUAACAUCUACACCUUCCCCGAACUGAAACCCAACCAUCACAGUUAUUAACAUCUACACCUUCCCCGAACUGAAACCCAACCAUCACAGUUAUUAACAUCUACACCUUCCCCAAACUGAAAUCCAAUCAUCCAAUCAUCACAGUUAUUAACAUCUACACCUUCCCAACCCUUAACCCAACCAUCACAGUUAUUAACAUCUACACCUUCCCCAACCCUUAACCCCACCAUCACAGUUUUUAACAUCUAUACCUACCACAACCCUAAACCCAACCAUCAGUUAUUAACAUCUACACCUUCCCCAAACUGAAAUCCAAUCAUUCAAUCAUCACAGUUGUUAACAUCUACACCUUCCCAACCCUUAACCCAACCAUCACAGUUAUUAACAUCUACACCUUUCCCAACC